GCGUUCAAUGACUAGAUAAAACGUCGUUUUUUACGGCGCUCUGAAAGACUACAUGAAGACGGUGUGCAAUAUGGCGUUCUGAAUUCAAAUUCAAUUUAAACAUACUUUAUUAAUCCCAGAGGGAAAUUGAUUCAAGGGAUUUUCGCCGCUUUUAUCGGCGUUUUAAGUUUAAAGACGGCGAUUAAGACACUGUUAAAUAACCAAACGUGCUCAAAAGUGGGCGAAUUGUGAUCAAGGCUUGCGAUAGACGUCUGCUCGCCACCCUCGCGCGGCGUCGGGAGCGCACGACUCUUGCCACCUGACACCGCGGGAACAAACAUGUCUCGGUUCGUCGGACGUUUCCUCGUCAUUUCUGGCCACGCAGCAGUCAGAUCGGCGGUGAAACCGAGGAAGAUCAUCCGUCCUUUUUCCACAUCUAAAGGUCUGCAGUCUCUAACACGUUAUGACCAGACCACAGACUGGCAGAAGAAACUGACCCCAGAGCAGUUUGUAGUCACCAGAGAGAAGGGAACUGAGGAGCCUUUCAGUGGGAUCUACCUGAACCAUUUUGAAGUGGGGAUGUACCACUGUGUCGGCUGUGACGUUCCACUCUUCAGUUCAGAGGCUAAGUACGACUCAGGGACAGGGUGGCCGGCGUUCAAAGAGGCUCAUGGGACAUGGGAGCGAGAUGAAAGCCAUACCUCUAUCAUUCGUCGCCCUGACAACAGCCUGGGAAGUGCAGGGACAGAGGUCCUUUGUAAAAAUUGUGAUGCCCACCUGGGUCACGUGUUUGAUGACGGCCCAGACCCAAUGGGCCAGCGCUUCUGCAUCAACAGUGCGGCACUCAAAUUUAAACCAAGAGAAAACAACAAAGUCGACGAGGAUGAGCGGAAGUGAUGGACUUAAAUGAUUGGUUUUACUGGAUCCUUCAUUCUGCAUUCAUGAUCUGAACAUGUUUGUUAAAUGAUUUUGACAGUAACGUGUCCCUAAAUGGUCUCAGAAAACACUGGAAGCUAAUAACAGUAGAGACAGGUUUAGUUAAGUUGAACCACACACAGAUCCAACUCUUCAUGUUUUUGGUGUUUUUACUAAUAUUUGUUGAGUAUGACUGUAUAAUGUCAUUAGAAAGAAUGCGUCUUGCUGGGAUCUGCUCAUUGAGCCAUUAUUUUCAUAAAAAGUUCUCAGUCA